AUGUCUUCGUCUCUUGAACAGCUUAGAGCCACUGGCACUGUUGUCGUAUGCGAUACUGGUAGCUUUGCCUCUAUCGACAAGUACAAGCCCCAGGAUGCCACCACCAACCCCUCCUUGAUCUUAGCAGCUGCCAAGAAACCUGAGUAUUCCGCUCUAAUCGACACUGCCGUCUCCUACGGCAAGCACAAAAGCGGAACAAUUGAUGAUCAGGCCGAGGCUGCCAUGGAUCGCGUCCUGGUCGAGUUCGGCAGGGAGAUCUUGAAGAUCAUCCCGGCAAGGUCUCCACUGAGUAUGUUCGAAACACAAUAUUCUGUACGAAGAGAACGGCAUCUCGAAGGAUCGCAUCUCAUCAAAAUUGCCUCCACUUGGGAGGGUAUUCGGGCCGCCCACAUCCUGCAGUCGCAGUACAGCGUCAACUGUAAUCUGACCCUCACGUUCUCGCUGGUGCAGGCUAUUACCGCCGCAGAGGCUGGCGCCUUCCUGGUCUCCCCCUUCGUAGGCCGCAUCCUGGACUGGUAUAAAGCCACUCACAUGCGCGAGUACUCCGCCGACGAAGACCCCGGUGUCAAGUCCGUGCGGGCCAUCUUCGACUAUUACAAGAAGUACGGCUACAAGACCAUAGUCAUGGGUGCCUCCUUCCGUAACAUUGGCCAGAUCGCCGAGUUAGCCGGCUGCGACUACCUGACCAUUUCCCCCAACCUGCUGGAGGAUCUCUACAGAUCCACCUCCACCGUCCCCAAGAAACUGGACUCAGCCUCGGCUUUAGCCUUGAGUAUCCCUAAGCGCGAGUACAUUAAUGAUGAUGCCUCGUUCCGCUUCGACUUCAACGAGGACGCUAUGGCUGUCGAGAAGCUGCGCGAGGGUAUCUCCAAGUUCGCUGCUGAUGCUGUCACACUCAAGAAUCUGCUCAAGGAGAGGAUCGAGGCUUGA